AAUAUGAAGCAGUUAAGAAAGAAAUGUAUUACAUUUGGACUGAUGUUUAUAAUAAGUAUAGAAAUUGUAAUUUGCGGGGGGUUUGAACCAAUGCAUAAGAAAAAUUCAAGUAAAACAGAUAAUCUAAGCAUAAGUGGUACACCAUUACUGCGGGAUAUGUUUAACAAUUAUAGUUCUGUACCAUCUGACAAUACUAACCAACCUAUGCAAACAGAUGGCCGGCCAUUAAAUCUAUCUAAUCCAAAUAAAAGACUCCGUGAUACAGACAACAAUACUCAAAAUUCUAACGCUAUCAAAAGAGCUCGUUAUAUGGGUAUGAAUAACUCGUCAAUACAUAUAAUUCCAAAAACAAUAAUAGAUCUAACAUCAGAGCCGGCCCCAGAAAUGCCUUUAAAAGAAACUUCAGAACUAACCACAUCCACUACUAUUAAUCCUCUUAAAGUUUAUUCUAACAGUAAGUUGGUUAUAGCCAGUGCAUUGUAUUUUUGUGCCGCUGAAAAUCAAUUUAUUAUACGAAACUAUACGAGUUAUAUAGAAAGUUUUGAAAAUGUGUUGUUUUUAAAUUACACUGGACAGCUUAAAUAUGAAGCAGUAAAUCAAAAAACAUAUAUAAUAAUUGAAAACUGGAAGAGUGACAAAGAAACAGAUAUUUGGACUAUGAUUAAAAGUGUGGACAUGCGAUUUCUUCUACUAAAAAGUGUGUUUAAAAAUAUGCUAAAUACAAGCUUCUUUAAUGAUUACAGCUUAACCAAUCCAUUGUGGUAUGAUAGAUUUCUAAAUGAUCUAGUUGAUUAUAUUAAAAGCCAUGGCCAAACGACCAUAUAUUGGAAUAACCUUGCUACU